AUGGCUCUGGACCUGUGGGAGUAAUGGAGGAUUCACACUGCGUUCGAUGUCCGACGUACGACGUCCGACAUCCAAUAGGAGAACAGCUUUCUAAUGGAGAAUUGAUUGAAGAUCUGCCGUUGACUCACGCUGACUCGCCUCAUGCCACCUCCUAGCGCGCGCUCUCUCAUCGGUGGUGCGACAAAGACGGAGAGCGAUUGAUCGUCUGUGCUUUUCUAACUUAUCUUCCUUAAGGAAGUAAGAGUGAACAAGAAUCGGGCACGCUUUGCCGUUACCCUCAGGACGUAUGUAGUGUGCACAUAUUUUCUCAGGGGGCGCAGCGGAAAAAGCGUUCCGGCGUAAUCGGCCAGGUGGCAGUUCCCAGGUUCUCUCUGCUUACAAUAUAAAGUUUACAUGUGCCGUACUAAUUCGAUGUUCAUCCUCUAACGAAAAAAAGUGUUUACAUUAUUUAUAAAAUGGUUCCUUGUUGCAAUUAUAUAAUGAACAACAACCAUGCUUUGCUAUUACCAUCGGAGUGAACGUAAUUUGCACGUACUUUCUCAGGUGGGGCGUCGGGAGUAGCGUCUCGCGGAACCCAAUCUAAUGGCCACUCUUAGGUUUCUCUCUUAACUUAUCGCACCAGUUCAGCACUGCAGCUAAAAAGAACAGACUACAAGUAUCUAUCAGAAGUAUUGUAUGAGAACAAUUUGGAAUAUACAAAAACUUAGUAUAAUAUAGAAUAGAGUCUAGAGAAUAAGAGUAUUAACAUACUCUUAAGAAUAAAUGUGUUGGAUUCAGUUAUAAAUGGAUUUGAUGACAGCAUUUCAAAUAGCAUAGUGAAUUCCUAAAAUAUUCUUGAAGUUUUCUCCUUUCUUGAAAGUGAAGCAUGGAAAAGGAUGACGAAGAGGUUUCUCUUACAUCUACGAGCCGACGUAAAAGUAGUAUUCCAGCGUCGACCGUAUAUCAGUCAGCGCACAACAGUUUAAAUCAAGGGUCAGAACAAACAUUGUAUCAAAGUGUUCGUAAUACUUUAUAUGAGGACGCUAUAAGUAUGAAUAGCAUGCAUAGUGUCGUUUCCUUGGAAAAUAUUCAGGCAUGUACAGAUGAAUCGUCUGUAAAUAAUGACACAAUGAAUGAGACGGUUAUAGAUGAAAGCUGCACAGACACAAGAAAUAGCGCACACAAUUCAAGAUUGCUUUCUCACUGUGGCACAAAAUAUAGUUUAUAUUUUCGAGACGAAAUUCGUUCAAUUGAUUUUGUACUUGUGUGGGAUGAGUAUGACGGAGAAGCACAAACAUAUCGCAGCAUUGAAUAUAGAAAGAUAUUCGAGAAAAAUUUGGAAAAAGAGGGGCUGCAGUUGGAACAUGAACAAGCGGAACCAAACGGUUUACAUUUUAUAAAGAUUCAUGCCACCAAAGAAGUUUUACGAAGAUACGCCGAAAUACUGAAGCUCAGAUUACCGAUGAAAGAACUGCUCAAAUGUGAAAUACCUCAAACGUAUAAUAAUGUUAUUAUAAAAGAAGUAAAUACAUUUGUACGAAGAAUUAUGAGCAAGUAUUACGUGGAUACGACUGUCUUCCCGACAAUGAAACACCAUUUUACAGCAGUAUAUAGUAGAGACAAGGAAUACUUAUUCGAUUUAGAUUCACCGAAUUUUUUUUCAUCUGCCACUCGAUCACGUAUCGUACAGUUUAUAUUGGAUAGAACUAAAUUCACAGAAACUAAAGAAGAUGAUUUCGCAUUUGGUAUUGAAAGGCUAAUAACUGAACGUGCAUAUGUGGCAGCAUAUUCUCUUCAUGAUGGAAACUUGCAUACUCCAGACUCUAUGCGAUACCUUUUGUACACUGAGUGGGCCAGUUUGAAAAAGUGUCUUCAUUAUCAGCCACUGGAUUAUAUUAAAGAGUAUUUUGGAGUGAAGAUUGGACUUUAUUUUGCUUGGCUUGGAUUUUAUACACAUAUGUUAAUACCAGCGAGUAUUGUUGGUCUCUUAUGUUUUAUAUACAGUUGUGCUACUCUGUAUUCCAAUGAACCAAGUGAAGAUAUUUGUAAUGGCAAUGGUAUCAUUGAAAUGUGUCCGUUAUGUGAUCAUUUUUGUGGAUAUUGGGAUCUCAAAGAGACAUGUUUACAUGCAAGGAUUACAUAUUUGUUCGACAAUCCGUCGACGGUAUUUUUUUCGAUAUUCAUGUCGCUAUGGGCUACAUUGUUCCUAGAAUUAUGGAAGAAAUAUUCUGCUGAAAUCACCCAUAGAUGGGAUUUAACUGGGUUGGAUGUUCAUGAAGAAUAUCCCAGGCCGCAAUAUUUAGCACGACUUGCACAUAUAAAAAAAAAAUCUAUCAAUAUUAUCACAAAUGUUGAAGAACCAAAGGUACCAUAUUGGAAAAUGAGAUUACCUGCCACGAUUCUCAGUUUCUCAGUUGUCCUACUUUUGAUAGCUGUAGCAAUGGCUGCCGUACUUGGAGUAGUUCUAUACAGGAUGUCUGUUUUAACAGCAUUAAGCGUUUAUGGACAUCCUAUGGUAACUAGUUAUGCUAUAUUGUUUACCACUGCGACUGCUGCAACUAUUAAUCUCUGUUGUAUCAUUUUCUUUAAUUGGAUCUACGUUUGGCUUGCGGAAUAUUUAACAGAGAUCGAACUGCUUCGUACGCAAACUGAAUUUGAUGACAGUUUAACUUUAAAAAUUUAUUUGCUGGAGUUCGUUAAUUAUUAUGCUUCCAUAUUUUAUAUAGCAUUUUUCAAGGGAAAAUUCGUUGGUUAUCCAGGAAAAUAUAACCGUUUUUUUGGCUUCCGGCAAGAAGAAUGUGGGCCAGGUGGUUGUCUUUUGGAGCUAUGUAUUCAACUAAGCAUUAUUAUGGUUGGCAAGCAAGCCAUGAAUACCAUUUUGGAAAUGCUUUACCCAUUAUUUUAUAAAUGGAUGAACACGUUGAAAGUUCAUAUGGGGUCAAAGAAACCAAAAGAUAAUGAUAAGAGAUAUUCGUCUAGAAAAUUUCUGCAAUGGAUUAGAGAUUAUAAAUUAGUCCAAUGGGGCCCCAGAAGUCUUUUUCCCGAAUACUUGGAAAUGGUGCUACAAUAUGGAUUUGUUACAAUUUUUGUUGCUGCAUUUCCUUUGGCGCCAUUUUUUGCCCUGCUAAAUAAUGUGUUUGAAAUGAGAUUGGAUGCAAAAAAACUGCUAACUAUGUAUAGAAGGCCAGUUGGACAGCGAGUCAGAGAUAUAGGUAUCUGGUACCGCAUUCUGGAUUCCAUUUCUAAAUUAUCUGUCAUUACUAACGCAUUUAUCAUAGCCUUUACUUCAAACUUCAUACCAAGGCUAGUCUAUCGUUUAACGAUUUCUGAUAAUUACUCCUUAGAAGGUUUUUUGGAGCAUUCUUUAUCAAAAUUUAAUACUAGUGAUCUGAAAAAUGGUACACAACCAAUACCUUCAUUGGGUCAACAUUCGGUCGAUGUUUGUCGCUAUCCAGGUUACAGAGAACCACCAGACUCAACAAAUAAAUAUGAAUAUACUAUUAUGUUCUGGCAUGUUUUAGCAGCUAGAUUAGCUUUUAUCGUCGUUUUUGAGAACGUUGUGGCACUCGUAAUAAUUUUUGUACGAUGGUGCAUUCCUGAUAUAAGUCCAAAAUUACGCGAUAAAAUACGUCGCGAAGCAUAUAUUACUAACGAGAUCAUUAUACAUCAAGAAGCAUUACGAGCUCAUACAAGGCCGACAAUCAACGAAUCAACGAUGGAACAAACGUAUAUGGUCUCUAAUGAAAGUUCAAAUAGAUGGAACAGAGUGAUGAGAAAUUCUUUAUCCACAUCUGAAUUCGAUUUGGAAGUUCAUGGAAGUCCUGUCUCACCUGUUAAUACAGAACCACGUAUUAGUCCUGCUGCGGUUUGAUAUAUAAGAAACAUCGAUCUGUCGUUAAACUAAAAUAUAUAGUACAAUCUGCGUUAUCAAAACAUCACAUAGGAACAAAAGAAAAUCCUAUUUGACCAAAUAUUUUAGCUAAAUUUAACGUCUUCUUUUUUCGAAAAUAUAAGAGAUCUUUAGAAUACACCUAUACAAUCUCAACAGAAAUAACUGGUUAAAAAUCAGUCUAAUGCUGUAUCUCAUUUUCUCGGUGUUAAAAGAAACCAGAAUCACUUUUUCCUCCCUUACUUACUUCCCUUUUUUCUUACUAAACGUUCUCUUUCUUCUAAUUAUCCUAAAUUCUAAUUAUCCUAAAAUGGCUAUUUAAAUAGUUAAAAGAAAUUAUUGCAGAAUACUGAUAACUUCAAGUAGUUCCUCUUCCUAUAGAAAUGAACUGGUAUUUCACGAAACAUCGGAAAUAAAUUUACAAUAUACACAACAACUUGGAAGCCAGGUCAAACAAAAUAUGAAUAUAUAAAGUGUCUAGAUUUAUGUUCGAACACUUGUGUACAGAUAGACCUUAUUAACUUAAGUAGAAAAAUUCUCUAUUAUUUUAUAAAAUAUUACGAUAUGUAUUGGGAUUAAUGAAAAAGAAUUAAUUAAUUAACGUGUGUGAUGCGGUGAAACGAACUUUUAAGCGAAACAUUAUACCAAAUGUUUGAAAAUCUAUUAAUAAUCGCUUGGCGAUGCGUAAUAUUAAAUAGUGUACUCAUUGCAACGUUAUAACAUUACGAGAUUGCAUGCAUAAUGCGUAACAUGAAGCGAAAUUCUGCUACACAUUUGCGCAUUUUCGAAUGUAAUCAUUUUUAUGUUAUUUUAUUUAUGUUAUUUUAUGUUAUUUCAGAUCUGACACUAACUUAAUAUGUAUAUGAUAUUAGCAAAGGAUCUUACUAAAAUUCAUUAAAAAAAUGUAGACAAAA